GACGGUCACUCGCAAAAGCCGUUAUUUAGCUUUUGUAAAGCGCUUGUUUCUUUGUAAACUGCAAAAGACCUUUAUCUGUUCUCUCUUGGCGGUAGGAUCUUCUAGUAGGACUUAUUCUCUUAUUAGUAUUUCUUCGCUCGUCCACAGUUCUCUUCUUUUCUCAAAUUCCAGCAGCCCUACCGAAGUGCGGCUUGAUGAUCAUUCUAUCACAGAAAAGAAGAGCCAGUUUACAAUAUUCCGUGAUCAGAAGAACAAGCUGCCCAAACCGCGCACAACUACCUUUUAUCUCAAAUUCAAGUCUCUCUCUCUAGACUGGUCCUCUGCAUCGAUUCCACCGGCAGCACUAUGCGUGGUGUUUCCUCCGUCGUCGUCGUGGCACUGGUUGCGUGCUGGGCGGUGUUCAGCGCCUUUGCCCUCCUGCUGACGUACCUCUACAUCGAGGACCGCCUCAAAGCGCGUCGUCGUCUCGCGUCUCUCGUUGCGGGCCGUGAGGAACGCGGUGGUGGUCUUCAUCGUCGUCGCCGAGAGUGUUUGCCCGCGGCACUGCCCGCGCCGGAUGACUUCAGCUACGAGGAUCCCCCACUCGGCAACGUCGUGAUCAAAGAUGAGACCACGCUGGCCGCCUGGCGCCUUGAUCUCGUAGCGGUGGUUGUGCCAGUCCACGCUUGCGACGCCGUGCACGAUGAAGAAGGAGAAGCGAAACCACACGACGGACAACGUGGACCACCAGCGGACCGCGAGAUGAUAGAAUUACUGGAUACGCGUAUGUUCCCGGCAGAAGGGGCAACGCAUCCCUCACACGUGUCCAUCCCGAGGGACGUUCACGCGUCCUCGUGGGGUGGCGGCUACGUGAUUGUGGAGUGCGAGGUUCCCUCCCCGCUGUCGGCCACUAGUGAACGAAGUAAGUCGAGCACGGUCAGCUCCUUCAGUCCGAGAGACGAGGAGAUGAUGGAGACGGACGAUGACGCGGCGGCAUCUGCCAAAGGCCCCCCGUCGCAGUACUUUCGUUUUCAGCCGUGCCCGUCCCCCUACGGUACUUCGCAGUACUUCGUGGGAGAAUAA